ACUUACUGAUAACUUAAAAAUCGAAAGUUAGAAACAGCUCUUCUUCUAAAAGUCAUCAACGUUGGCGCCAGUACAUCUUUAAGACUUACGAACAUCGUUACAGUGCCUACAAGUGUUUGGCGCCGAAUGCAAACUUGGCUCGCGCAAGGCAAAUUAGAACAAGUGGAUAUUACCACGCCCGAGAUAUAUCGAAACUAACACCAAUGAUGAAGCCGGAAGGCGAUGAUGCGAUUUUUGGCAGCGAGCCAAAAAAAGUCUCAUCGACGCCACUUUCAUUGCAACAACGUCAACGUAAAACGAUCUUUCUAAAUGCCAUCGGCCUUGUCCUUGACAUCGACCGCAGCGUCCCGACGCUACGCAGCCACGAUUGCAUCAGAAUGUUCGAUGCACGGAAUACACCCAGGAAGGGUGCCGUUAGCAGUGGAAGUAUAGAGAAGGGGAAAUGUAAUACCAUGUUGAUCAUAGUGGGAGGCUUUACGCAGCUGGACAGAUGUGUCAAUAAAUAUAAAUAUACAAUAUAUGUACAAAAAUGGUUGUGUAAACUAUAUACACAAUAUGUAUUUAUGUACAAAAUGCAUUAUUUACACUGUUACAAAAAUAUUGCAAAGUAAUAUCUGUUUUUCGGUGUUUUGUCA